AUGCAUCACUGCAAUGAAGUCAUGAACAUUGCCGCCAAGCUUAGCAGCAUCGGUGCGAAGAUGGACGAUGAGGACGUCGCAAUUUGCCUGCUGCUCAGUCUCCCUAAGAGUUUUGAGAACGUUGUUCUUAACUUGGAGAUGAGCAGCGCAGAGCUUCGUACCCAAGAUGUGGUGAAGGUGAUCACGAAUGAGCAUACCAAGCGCCAAGGGGAGAAGGUGACAACAACAGCGACGAUGGUCAAGACUGAAGAUGCAGCCAAGGCCUUCAACACUGAGCGCGAGCCAUACAAGUGCACCUACUGUGGGAAGCUGGGACACACCGUCGAUCGCUGUUGGUCCAAGCAGAAUAAUGAAAGUCGAGGAGACCGACGCGGCGGCAAUGGUCGUGGACGCGGGGCAAACAAUGUCCAGUGGGGACAAUAUCGUGAUGAAGACAGCGACUACGAUCAAUUAGCGUUUGCAUUUUCGCUAGAGUGUGAACUCUCAGCGAAGAAGGACGUGUCCGGAAUGUGGGCCGUCGACAGUGGUGCAACACACCAUAUAUGCCACGACAAGACCAAGUUUGCAAGACUGAACAAGCGCAACGACGGUGAAAUCUUGGUGGUUCUACCCAACGGUGAAGAGCGUGAGAUCGAGAUCAAGAACGUGCUUUACGUACCAAGCACGAGCAAGAAUCUACUAUCGGUACCGCAGAUCAACAAGCACGGCAAGUUUCAAGUCGUGUUCGACGGGACCAAGAUGUUUGCCGCUCGCAAAGGAUCGCACCAAUUGGUGGCAACUGCAGAUCUUGUGGAUGGCCUUUAUUGGCUUCACACAGCUCAUCGAUCGGCCAAUACGGCAGCAAACGGAAGCAACGGUGUCGACUUACAUGCGCGAAUGGGACACGCUCCAGCUGAUGUUCUUUGCAAAAUGGUGGCCACGAACAUGAUCAAGGAUGUGAAGGUACUUCUCACGUCGAGUGGAUCAAGCGCAUGCCGAGGAUGUCAACAAGGGAAAAUGGUCCAAAAACCAUUCUCACACAACCAGGACAAGCGCAGAUUCGACAUCUUCGAGCUACUUCACGUCGACAUAUGCGGACCCAUAGAAAUGAAUUCUCUGGGUGGCAGCAAAUAUCUACUGCUGAUCUUUGACGAAGCCAGUGGAUGCAUGAAGGGCUUCUGUCUACGUGUGAAUUCGGAGAGUGAAAACUACAUCACACGAUACAUCAAGAUGGUGCAAGCGCAGUUUGGCAAGAAGGUCAAGCUCGUCCGACACGACGGAGCCCGCGAGUUCGCAACCAACUCGCUUCAAGAAUUCUACGAAGAUGAAGGCAUUGAGCAGCAGACGAUGGUGCCAUAUGCACACCAGACCAACGGCACGGUAGAGCGCGCCAUUCGGACUAUCGUCACAAUUGGUCGCAGCAUGCUCCACCAUGCCAAGUUGGAAAAGUGCUUCUGGGCCGAAGCAGCAAUGACGGCAAACUACGUCAAGAACCGUCUGCCGUCGCCUAACGUUAUGCACAAGACUCCGUUCGAGUUCUUCAACAACUCCAAGCCAAGUGUCAAGCACAUGCGGGUGUUCGGUUGUCAGGUUUACAUACUGACACCGAUGGAGAAGCGGCUCAAGUGGGACCCCAAGGCUCGCACUGGGAUAUUCUUGGGCUACGAAGAAGCAUCUAAAGCGUAUCACGUUUAUGACAUCGAGGCGGGGCAGGUGGUCAUCGGUCGCAUAGCCGGGCAAGAGCAGUACAAGCAAACAGGCAAGCGCAAGAGUCGUCUUCAUGAUGAAGGAGUGCCAGCUCCACCCACGCGCACAGUGCAUCAACGGUCUGGACUAGAAGAAUCAAGUGCACCAAAGAAUUACAUGGCACACCAAGUAGAAGAGGAAGAAACAAAGAAUGCUGAUGCAUCGACUCCGCCUGUGUUUUGGCUUGCGAGUGCGAACGCCAUCGAAACAGCAGUGGACUUAUCCGAGCCAUCGACUUUUGAAGCUGUGAUGAGCGGUCCUGAUCAAGUGCAUUGGCGUGAAGCCAUUUAA